CCAACCCGAGUAGAGAGUACAAGCCCCCUAGAAACAAGCUAACCUGUUCGGUCUACAUGUUGAGGCGCAAAAUUGCUGUUGAUUGUGCACCGUCACCAUGGUGGACCUCAGGUCUGGAACUAGUACCACCCCCUACAGCAAGGAGCAAGAGGAGAGAGCUGCCGCUAUCUUGCGAGAGAGGAAGGAGGGAAUGGAGAAGAGGGAACUGAUUAAGCAGGCCAAGAUGCUGGCCCUGCUGGAGGAGCAAGAAGCAAAGAAGAAGCAGAUGGAGGAAGAGUUGAAGAAAUGGACGAAGGAGCAGGAGGAGAAGAUGGGGACUAUACAAGCGCAGGUGAAGAAAGAAGAAGAAGAAGAAAAGCAGGUGGAAGAAGAAGUACCGUUGGAAAGCAGAAGAGGGGGAGCCAGUACGAGUAAGGAGGAGGAGAUUGAAAAGAGCACACAAGAAUGGACCGCACAUUUGGAGCUAGGAGAAGAUAGGGAGGCCGAGCUGCCCAUACCCCAAGCAGAGAGAGAAGCGGCGAGGAGAGAGUUGGAAGCAGAGGGGGACCCGAUGAGGAGAAACGCGAAAGAGGAGGAGCAGCAAAGGGCAUGGAAGUGGCGCCUAUCUUAAGAAAGAGUUAGGCAUCUCGAAGCGGCAGAAAGGGCAGAAAAAGAUCUAAAGGCGGCAGAGACUAGGAUGGGGAAGAUCAGGGAAGAGACCGAGAUAGCCACCAAACUCG